UUUGGUGUCUCAUUCUAGUCUUCAUCGUAAUGUAUACAUAUUACAUAUAUAGGUAAUAUUAUAUUCUCUACACAGUACAUCGAGGUACUAUCCAAUAUAGCCAUUUUACAGUAAAGUUAUUUUAUCAUAUUAUGGGCACGUAGAUGUAUAAAAAUAUUAUCUUUUACAGGUCUGUGCUCAGUGCCUUUGUAUAUGAUCUUUGGUAUGUUUGGUUUGGAUUACCAUACUUUCUUUAAUCGUGAUUCGUGAUCAUGACGAAGACUAGAAAUUAGAAUAAGGAGACCAAACUCGUUCCAGCGCCCACAUGAAAAAAUCAAAUACUAUAUACGACUGAAUACGACAUCGUAUAAUGCAUAUUAUAGUAUAAAGUAUUUGAAAAAGUAAAAACGCCCCGUAAUGAAUGAAUGCGAGUCGCUCGAUAAUACGAUCACAGGCUGCGCUGCGGUGCGGUCGUAAAGUUCAUACCAAGUGUAGGUACGGCAUCUAAAAGCCUACAACAUUAUUUCACUGUAAAAUGAAAACUUACCGCUUCGAAAACUUCGGUCUGGUUUAAGUGACUGCACUCUAAGGCCUGCACUCUGUAUUUGACAUCGGUGAUCGGUCGUAUCUUGUAUACAUUAUAAUAUUAACGAUGGAGGAGUAUUCCGAAGAAAUAUUUUGCUGUUCUCAAUGGAUCAAAAACGGAAAAUUCGAAAAAGUAUGCAUCCAAUUACCGGACUACAUGUUGUGCCAAAGCGUAUCAAUUUCGUCUGAAUUUGAAAGACUGUUGGCUCACCGUGUAUACAUACUCGGUGAUACAUCCUAUGGCAGCUGUUGUGUUGAUGAAACAGCCGCCCAACACGUAGCUGCCGAUUGUGUCAUUCAUUUUGGACGGUCGUGUCUGACACAAAAUAGACACCUUCCUGUCUAUUACAUUCUUCCUAAACAGGCGUUAGACGAUGUCCAGUGUGCCAAUUCGAUAAUCAAAACCUUUGAAACUGAUGAGGGACUGGUUUUGGUUUUGUACGAUGUGGGUUAUCAUCAUGUACGAGAUCAUUUGGCAAAAUCAUUAGCACCUGCAAAGUCAAUAAUACUAUCUGACUUAGAUUUAAAGGAACAAAAUACUACUAGUUGCACUGUAUCCGAUGGCCAAGAAUAUACAUGCAUAUUUGGAAGACGAUUUCCUAACUUAAAUUAUAAAAAUAUUGUUUACAUAGUUCAUGAUAACUACAUGAACAAUGUCGAUAGAUUUAUACUAGAGAAAAAAGAAUGUCAAGUAUAUGUCUAUCAAAAUAGUUGUAAUAUACUAACACAACGAACCUUGUCAUCAGUGAUAAAAAAAAAAAACUAUACAAAAGAAAAGAUAAAAGAUUCUACUCAUAUUGGAAUACUCAUAUGUAGUUUAAGCAUCAAAGAUUUACUCGAGCGUAUUAAUAGAGUUAAAUGUUUGUGCAAAAAGACAAACAAAAAAUGUUACAUUUUUUCCGUUGGACGUCCUAAUGUUGCCAAAUUAGCUAAUUUUCCAGAUAUUGAAAUCUUUGUGAAUAUUACAUGUGCAGAGGGUGUCAUAGAAAAUCAAAAAGAAUACAUGCAACCAAUUGUUAAUAUUGAUGACAUUGAAUUGGCUUUGGGGACUGAUAACACAAGUUAUUUACCUGAUAUAUCUUUAGUAACCAACAAAUUAAGAAACUUAACAAUGCCUAAUGAGGAAAUCGAGUUAUCUUCAGCAUUAAAUGUCAGAACAGAUAUGUCAUUAUCAAUGGUUACUCAAAAUAGAACAUGGACAGGACUCAAUCCACACGACACACGACCUCCAGUUAUAAUAGCUACUGAAGGAAGAAAAGGCACACCGAGCUCUGGAUACAUAACAUCUGAUUCAGAUCACCGUAGCUAAAGAUAACAGUUUAUGAAUGUGUUUUCCAAAAUAUAAACAUUUCUAUUUUGGUUAAUGAACUUGAUAAAAUAAUAUUGUUCAAAUUGUUGGUAUUGUUAUUCAAGUAAUAAUUGUUGCAUGAAAGUAAUAAUAAUUUCUUACUUUCAAAUUAAACAUUUUGAUAUAUUUUUUAAUCAUUUUAUAAAUGAUGUAUUAAAUAUUAUGUAAAAUUACUGCCAUUUUAUAUAGUUGAUAUUAAGUAAUUAUAAAGUACUGAAGUCAAAA